AUGGCGAUGCUCCUGGAGCCCGGGAUGCAGAGCCUGCGGAUGGGAGCCAACGACGAGCGCUGCCCGACACCGACCCCCCCCGGCACGCCGGGGACACCCCACGACAGCUGCAGCAUCGCCCCCCUGACGCCCUCCCAGUCCCCCAGGAGCGAGGCCCGUUCCCAGCAGGGCCCCUCCUUCGCCGUGGUCGUGGCCAUCGACUUCGGCACCACGUCCAGCGGGUAUGCCUUCAGCUUCACCAGCGACCCCGAGGCCAUCCACAUGAUGAGGAAAUGGGAAGGGGGGGACCCGGGGGUGGCCAACCAGAAGACCCCCACCAGCCUCCUGCUGACUCCAGAGGGGACCUUCCACAGCUUCGGCUACACCGCCCGCGACUACUACCACGACCUGGACCCCGAGGAGGCCCGUGAGUGGCUCUACUUCGAGAAGUUCAAGAUGAAGAUCCACAGCACCAGCGAUCUGUCCAUGAAGACCGAGCUGGAGGCCGUCAACGGGAAGAAGAUGCCGGCGCUGGAGGUGUUCGCCCACGCCCUGCGCUUCUUCAAGCAGCACGCGGUGCAGGAGCUGCAGGAGCAGUGCCCGUCGCUGCCCCAGAGCGGGGCCAUCCGCUGGGUGCUCACCGUGCCCGCCAUCUGGAAGCAGCCGGCCAAGCAGUUCAUGAGGGAGGCGGCCUACAAGGCCGGGCUGGUGUCCCCAGAGAGCCCAGAGCAGCUCCUGAUCGCGCUGGAGCCCGAGGCCGCCUCCAUC